GGAAGUAUGACUCGUGUGCUCAGUUCAUUACAAGGUUUCCAUUAAAAACGUUUGUCUCCAAUUUUGAUUGAAAUCCACUUUCCACAAGUGCACCACUUCAGAAUGGUAUCAGCAAAUGUCACAGGAUUAGUGCUGACGACAAUAGUUUUUCUGUCCAAGAUAAUUAAUGCAAAAAAUAUUGUGUGCUACUACGGCACUUGGGCCACAUAUCGAAAUGGAAAUGGAAAGUUCGUGGUGGACAAUAUAGACCCUUUUCUUUGUACGCAUCUAAUAUAUGCUUUUGUUGGAAUCAAUGCAAACGGUACCAUCCGAGUUCUGGAUCCGUGGCUUGACUUGGAGGAUAAUUGGGGUCUCGGAACUAUGCGACAAUUCAACGAUUUGAAAAAUUCCAAUCAUAAAUUGAAAACUUUGGUCGCCGUCGGUGGAUGGAACGAGGGAUCUGAGAAAUUUUCCACCGUUGCUGAGAGUCCUAUUCUAAGGAAGAGAUUUGCCCAAGAUGCAGCUCGUUUCUGCUCGUACCACGGAUUCGAUGGACUGGACGUUGACUGGGAAUAUCCAGCGCAACGUGAUGGAGAUCCAACCGUGGACCGAGAAAACUUUGUUUUGUUUUUGGCUGAUCUAAGGGAAGAAUUUUCAAAUCGCGGGCUUUUAUUGACUGCAGCAGUUGCAGCCACUGAAUCGUCAGCAUCGAUAUCUUACAAUAUUCCGGAGGUAUCCAAGUACUUGGACUUCAUUAACGUGAUGGCAUAUGACCUACACGGUCCUUGGGAGUCUAAAACUGGGCACAAUGCCCCACUCUUUGUAGGACUCCACGAUAAUACUACGAAUAAAAUGCAGCUUAAUGUAAAAAGCAGUAUAAGCUAUUGGUUACAUCAAGGUGUUCCUGCAAGGAAGAUUAUGCUGGGAGUAGCAUUCUACGGUAGAUCGUUUACGUUGCGAUCCAAUAGUGAGCACGGCGUUGGAGCUCCAACAAGUGGCCCAGGACAAGCAGGCCAAUAUACAUACGAAUCUGGAUUCCUCGGAUACAACGAGAUAUGUGAGAAAUUGAUAGUUGACAAGUGGAAUCAGAACUGGGAUGCUGAUCAGAAAGUACCUUACGCCUAUAGUGGCAAUCAGUGGGUUGGAUUCGAUAAUGAUGAAAGCUUAUCUCUGAAGUGUGAUUUUGUAGAUCAAUAUGAGCUCGGUGGCGUGAUGCUAUGGUCUAUUGAAACUGAUGAUUUUCAUGGAAGGUGUGGUGAAAAAUUUACUCUGCUGAAUACAUUGAACAGCAAACUAUUCGGCUCAACAGCGUCUACGGUAGCUACAACUAGCAUGCAGCCUUCAACUACCACAAACGACAGUGCACCAACGUGGUCAACAUCUCCAGUGGAAACUACAGUCACAACGACAGUUUCUACAUCAACUAUUACGCAGAGCACAAGUACUACUUCGGGUGAAUUUGUAUGUGUUACGACUGGUUAUUUCCGUGAUCCCGAAAAUUGUGCCAAAUUUUACUACUGUGAUAAAACCUCUCGGUAUGAUUUUGAGUGUCCUGCUGGAUUGGUUUACGAUCCGGAAAAUUUAAUUUGCAACUGGUCAAAUGUUGUGGAGUGCUAACAAUAUUUACUAAUAAAGUUUAAAAUAUGCAAAUGCUGUAAAACUAUGA